AACUAGUUGAUUUAUUAAUUUUUAAGGAUGUUCCUCUAACAUUUCAGCAUUUUAAGUACAUUUAUUGAAUUCAGCAUUAAAAAACCAUUAUAAAUGUAUAUUUUUAUAUUUUUGCCAUUUUUAUUUCUUAUUUUAUUGAGGAAAACAACUUUUCAGAAUGUUAUGAAAACCGGGUCAUUUUGAGAAACCAGGUCCAAAUUAAAUUUGCUGUAUCUUGUCAACCGCUUGACAUUUUUAGCUGAAAUUUUGCAUGCAAUAUUUUUUUAUAAAUAGGAAUCAUGUGUCAAAAUAUAAAACAAAAAGAAGACACAUGGUUCAAUGGAGUGGGUGAUUUGAUGUGGAAUUACCCCUAUAUAAAUUUUAUAUAUGCUUUUAGUUUAAAAUGAGCUACUGGACCAAGCGAAGAAAGAUACGCACAAAUUAGCUUUUCUCCAAUUCAAUUUACUUAUCAUGAGCAAGGGUUUAUAUGCAGUUGUAUCUUUUACUAAAGAAAAUGGAGAGUUAUUGGUGAUACCUCAUUCAUGGCUGUUAACAGAUAGAGACGGCAAGUUGAAUUGUUGUUACUGGCCCCCUUUUGCAAGACAAGAAUCUAUUGAAAAGGCAAUAUUUAGUUUAACAUCUUUUUCUACUUCAUGGACACAGCAUCAAAUCCAGCUCAUGGCAGUGGCAGAUUCUUACCCAAAAGCUGUUGAAAAGUUAAAAGAUGCACAAUAUACUUUAGAUCAAACGGAAGUUGAUGAAGUUUGUCAGCGUCCAAAGCGUAAACGAAAAGCAAGGCAAUCAGUUGACAAUCUUGAAAAUGAUAGUGUUAAUGAGACUGUUAAUUUUGAUAUUCAAGAGGUAGUUAAGCAAUCAAAAAAGUCGAAAAUGCAUCCUCAAGCACCAAAUGUACCAACUUUUCCUAUAGAAACUUUAAUAUCUGGGAACAAUAAUGCAUCAAAUGUAAUACUAGAACAUGAAAGUUUUCUGGUUGAUAAAAAUUUAGGAGAAGAUUUUGUAUUGGGUAGUUUUUUAAAAGAGCCAAAAUAAUAAUUUUAUUCCAAAGAUGGUGGCAACAGAUGCUGAACAUUCAACUUUAGAUUCAGGAAUUAUUUUUAAAAACUUUGCUAAACAGACUUUUAAAAUAAUGGCUGAAUUAAAAUCAACCUUGUUGGAAGUCGAAAGUCGGGUUUUUAUCAAUACUCAACAUCUACAAACAUUGACUAAAGGAGGCUUUGAAUCAGCUGAUCGAAUUUUUGAACAACUUGAAUUGCCAAUUAAUAAUGUUAAUGAUUUUCUAGAUUUAAAUUUGAAGCUUCCAGAUAAAGUUGUUGCUGUUUCUUCCUACUUUAAUGGAAGCUGUAAAAUGUAUGAUAAGGAGCAUGUUCCCUAAUUCACUUUUUAGGAAUUUAAAUUGGACAGGACAACCUCCAAAAACAAAGUUUGGGAAUACGAAGUGUCAUGGAGUUAUUACAAAGGUUAUAGCAAGGAUUAUUCCGACACUAAACUGUACUGAAUGUGAUAUUCAAAAAGAAAUUGUUCGUUAUAUACAUGGGUCGAACGAUAGAGAUGGCGGUCGUAAAGAACGAAAA